CGCGACUGGCGUCAGGUGAAAAAACGGGGAAUCGAAAGAAAAACUGAUAACUGGAAAUUGAAAAUUGAAAUUGAACGGGCGCAGCGAAAUUAAACGGAAUUUGCAACUGUGAAAACGCUCGAAAGCGUGGAGAGUUGCAUUUGAAAAAGCAUGAGCACAACCGCCGCCAGUCUCAUCGAGGCGGCUCUAAAUGCCAGUGGUGGCAACGGCACGGCUACGACUCCGGGAUCGCUAGAGGCCACAGGGAAACCCAACUACGUGGUGCAGGUGAAGAACUCCCUGAUGAACACUCCGCUGGACCCCCUGCUCCACGUGGGCGACGGCAUCUUCCUGCAGACCAAGACCGCCCAGGUUCUAGCCGGCGUCUGCGUCUGGGCCGCCUUGUUUAUCACCUGUCAACAGAUUUACCAGCACCUGCGCUGGUACACGAAUCCGCAGGAGCAGCGCUGGAUCGUCCGCAUCCUGUUCAUCGUGCCCAUCUAUGCCACCUACUCCUGGAUCAGUCUGCUCUUCUUCAACUCUGACAAUGUGUACAUCUACUUCUUCACCGUGCGCGACUGCUACGAAGCCUUUGUCAUCUACAACUUCUUGUCGCUGUGCUAUGAGUACCUGGGCGGCGAGGGCAACAUCAUGUCGGAGAUUCGCGGCAAGCCCAUCAAGACCUCGUGCCUGUACGGCACCUGCUGUCUGAAGGGCAAGACCUACACGAUUGGCUUCCUCCGCUUCUGCAAGCAGGCCACGCUGCAGUUUUGCCUGGUCAAGCCGCUGGUGGCCUUCAUCAUCAUUUUUCUGCAGGCCUUUGGCCACUACCACGAUGGUGAUUGGAGUGCUGAUGGCGGUUACAUCUAUAUCACGAUUAUCUACAACAUCUCCGUGUCGCUGGCAUUGUACGGUCUCUAUCUAUUCUACUUUGCCACGCGCGACCUGCUGACUCCGUUCGAACCUGUUCUGAAGUUCUGCACCAUCAAGUCGGUGAUCUUCUUGUCCUUCUGGCAGGGCGUGGGUCUGGCCAUCCUGGAGAAGGCCAACGUCAUCUCGCCCAUCGUGGACAGUGCAGGCACUGUCACCGUGGAGCCCGGUACUGUCUCGGCCGGCUACCAGAACUUCUUCAUCUGCAUCGAAAUGCUGUUCGCCGCCAUCGCACUGCGCUACGCUUUCCCCUAUCAGGUCUACGCACGAAGCUGCAUUAGCGAUGGACACGGACGCUCUGUCACCAUGCAGUCCAUUUCCAGCAGUCUUAAGGAAACGAUGAAUCCCAAGGAUAUUAUGACGGACGCUAUUCACAACUUCCAUCCGCAGUACCAGCAGUACACUCAGUACAGCUCAGGUGGCAAGAACUCGCGCGGCAUUCGGGUCUCCAGCUACGAUCCCGACGACCCCAGCUCGGGAGCAGGAUCGGGAGCCGCGCAGGCGUCACAGCCCACCAGCGGGGGCUACAACGCGGUGGCCACAGGACCAGGAUCCGGAGGCAACGGCGGCAGCAACUGCAUGGCCUCCAAGACGCUGGGCAACCAGCGGAAGUUCCAGCCCGGCGGCCAGCGGGUGGCGACCAUCAGCCAGAACUACAACGAGAAGACCAUGCUGCUGAGCAGCGACGACGAGUACCAGUAGAGCGGUACCCAGGGGAUCGGGAUGGAUGACCCCACUUAUUGUUAUCAAAUUCAGUCUUUCGUUCGGAUCCGAUUCGAUGGGACUCGAUUCGUCUCCCCAGUUGGCCGAUUCUGUCGCUUGUACAAUAAUCUUAAGUAGCCGAGCAGCACUAGCGAUCAUUUCAACCUAUUAGGCAGUUAAAGGGAUGCAAGGAUCUGAUGUCUCGUAAAGUAGGAGGGUGUGUGGAUGGCGGGAUGUAAUCUAUGGAUAGUUCAGGGACGUCUGAAAACAGUUUUUAGGCCAUGUGGGCCAGCGUAUUUAAUUUUAAACUAAGAAGAACCAAUGUUAAUGUUCGGACUUGAUUCUUUUCGCUGGAAACAUCCGUAGAUUACAAUUUGCAUCCAUAGUUGCCCACAAUACGACCUAAUCCGCGCUAAGAUGUUUUGUAAUUUUACACCGCAUAUGUAAUUUGAUUCGCUUCGAUUCCAUUUCAUUUACCUCGUGUACAUUUGUCGGGCAAUUUAAUUGUAAAGCGAACCAAAAACUGAAUAGAAAUCAAAAAUAGCGAACAAACCGAACUGCAAAUGCACUCUUGCGUCUCACGAACCGUCUACAGGCUGCUUCUACAAUAAACCGCGGACGAAAACUGGCGGCAAAGCUGAGGAAAAUCUACACACAAAUAUAUUUAUAAGCCAAGGCUACUUUUUAAAGCAAACUUAACACAGUACAUAGCUAACCUAUAGCGAAUUCGUUAGUUGAAUGAAUGAGACCAGGUCCAGAAUUCAGAUUCCACGUAACAGGAGCCUCUCCGGCCUCGAGAUGUAUAAAGAAUUUUACCCUGUACAGAGAAAUGAAGAAGUCCACAACAUUGGCGACCAGCUCCACAGGCAGUCGAGGGCAGUAUUUUGAUAACUAGCCAGGCUUCCCGUCGAAAAUACGCGUGUGUCUGGACCGAGGCAGGGGGCGGAACCGGAAAAACCAUAGGAAAGUCAAAUUAUGUAUAAUUAUCGGGGGCAAGGAGCGAGGGAAAACCAGAGCAGUAACGUUUUUAUGUACAUUUUUCGUUAAUAACAUGAAAUGAGAAUAAAGUAAAUGUCAUAAAGUA